UCUUUGAAUCCAAACCUUUCUACAGGAACAUAAAAUGUGGCCCGGUUUUGAAAACGAAAACAAUUUGAAGUCGUAAAGAAAAACUCUCAACCGUGGAGGACAACAGGCACGGACUGCAGCAACCUCUCCUAAUUUCAAUUUUAACAUUGAUGGGUACUGUAGGAUUUAUCUUCAUUACCUUCGGUCUGCUAUGGAUUGCUUCAUUUUUGAAGCUAUGGAUGUCACCAAAGUCUCUUUCCAAGUCCAAAUCUCCAUUCUUGCUUAAUGCAGAUGAUAAGGGACUGAAAAAGAAAUUGAAUUUGUUGCUGCUCACUGCCCACCCCGACGAUGAGUCCAUGUUUUUUAUUCCAACUAUUCUGUAUCUGACAUCAGUUUGCCAUCACAAUAUAUACAUUCUUUGUAUCUCGACUGGAAAUGCAGAAGGCAAGGGACAUAUCCGAAAAGAUGAAAUGCUUCAAGCCUGUUUAGUUCUGAAGGUUCCAGUAAGCAAUGUAUCUAUUUUAGACCUUCCACAGCUCCAAGAUGGCUUUGGUAAACGAUGGGACCACAAUUUACUUGCGGAGAUAAUUGGACAAGAAUUAAAAAAUCAUGACAUCAAAACUAUAAUCACAUUUGAUGACUAUGGGAUUUCAGGUCAUCCUCAGCAUCGUGCUGUGCACAUUGGUGUAUGUAUAUUUCUAAAGGAAAACAUGAAGCUAUCUCAAGGACCGGAAAUGAAGACAGUUGAUGCCUGGCAACUUGAAUAAUUUCAAAGAGGUUGGUGUUGAACAAAAAACUACUGGGAUGCUCAAGACAAAGGACACAUCCAACAACAACAAGAAGAUCCCGGUCAAUUUACAAUGGUAAUAAAGACUAUGGAUAUAGCUCAAGACUUGAGGAAUAAACAAAGUUGUCCACAUGAUAAAGGAGAAGUAAUCCAAGGACAGUGCAAGAAUGAAGAAGAAAUUUUACAACAAUUGUGAAUUUCCUUUGGAAAUCCAAGACCAAAGUCAGUUUCAUUCGAAAUAUCAAGAGAAUGAUGAUGAAACUCAGAAAGAUUAAGAAAAGAUGCUAUUACAAACAUCACAAGAAGGUCAAUUCUCAAACAUGAAGAUGAAAUGCGAUCAAGGAGUGAAAGGUAGUUUCAGAAGAGUUAAUCAAAGUUAGAAACUUGAUCACCAAGAUGAUACGAUUUGGGAGUAUGAUUCAUCAUCAUCACACCGAGCAAUUGGAAAUGUUGAGUAUCAAAAGAUAUUGCUCCAACACAAACACUUCUUUGUGAUGAUCUAGAGAUUCCAAGUCAGCAAGUCCAUGUUCAAUGCACCUGACCUCAUUUCCUAUUGGUUCAAAUUCAAAGGACAUGUGUCCUAAAUGAUGUAAUAAUCUUAUUGGUCAAAGAGGAGUUGGUUGUAAUUAACCCUAAUUAGGGUUUCAUCUUGUAAUCUCGAUCAUUGAUCUUGAAUUAGUCUGAGCCAUUGAAUUUAAAUGAGAUCUCUAUAUAAGGCUUAACUCUCUCAUUUGUAAGGGUUAACAGUUAAUAGACAAUAGUAGAUCAAUAGUUCAUAGUAGCAGUUAGAGUAGAGUAGGAGGAAAAAAGAAAUUGUUGCCAAGACUUGUUGAAAUUAAUACAUGAUUUUCACUGAAGCAUGGUGGAUCUCUAUGUGUUGUUUCUACAAUUUGCAUGGUUUCUUGUUACUUCUCAAAUUUAGAUAAAGUUCAUUGAUUAUAACAGAGAAAUG